AUGGUCUUCUUUCAGCUUGUCGCGGAUCCUUGCGCCAGCAACCCUUGUCACCAUGGCAACUGCAGCAGCAGCCGCGACGACUACCUCUGCAUUUGCAAUGAAGGCUUCGGAGGUCCCAACUGCGAACAGGCGCUUCCCAACCUCCCAGCCUCGGGCUGGACCGAGUCGCCCAGACAGCUCCAGCCGGUUCCCGCCACCCAGGAGCCCGACAGCAUCCUGCCUGGCUCUCAGGCCACCGUGACCCUGCCCACCUGGCAGCCGAAAACAGGGCAGAAAGUGGUAGAAAUGAAAUGGGAUCAAGUGGAGGUGAUCCCAGAUGUUGCUUGUGGGAACUCCAGCUCUAACAGUUCUGCGGGGGGCCGCCUGGUGUCCUUUGAAGUGCCACAGAAUACCUCUGUCAAAAUCCGGCAGGACGCCGCCGCCUCGCUCAUCCUGCUGUGGAAGGUGACGGCCGCGGGCUUCCAGCAGUGCUCCCUCAUCGACGGCCGGAGCGUGACCCUCCUGCAGGCCCCCGGGGGGCUGGUGCUCCUGGAGGAGAUGCUGGUCUUGGGGCACAACCACUUCAUCGGUUUUGUGAAUGACUCUGUCACCAAGUCCAUCGUGGCUUUGCGCCUGACGCUGGUGGUGAAGGCCAGCAACUGUGUUCCGGGGGAGAGCCGCGCAGGAGAUUCGGAGUGUUCUGGAAAAGGGAAAUGCACCACGAAGCCAUCAGAGGCCACUUUUUCCUGUGUCUGUGAGGACCCGUAUGUGGGGACCUUCUGUGAAGAGUUUGACGCCUGCCAGCAGAAGCCAUGUCAGAACAACGCCCGCUGCGUGGACACCCGCGAAAAGCAAGAGGGAAGCAAUUUCACCUGUGUCUGCCCGACUGGCUAUACUGGAGAGCUUUGCCAAUCCGAGAUUGACUACUGUGUCCUCGACCCGUGCAGAAACGGAGCGACUUGCAUUUCUAGUCUCGGCGGAUUCACCUGCCAGUGCCCAGAAGGCUACCUGGGACCCGCCUGCGAGGAGAAGGUGGACCCGUGCGCCUCGUCGCCCUGCCAGAACAACGGCACGUGCUACCCCGACGGCGUGCGCUUCGGCUGCACUUGCAGCGCAGGCUUCACCGGCCCCACCUGCGCCCAGCUCGUGGACUUCUGCGCGCUCAGCCCCUGUGCCCACGGCGCCUGCCGCAGCGUGGGCACCAGCUACAAAUGCCUCUGCGACCCAGGUUACCAUGGUCUCUACUGCGAGGAGGAAUACAACGAGUGCCUGUCUGCCCCCUGCCUGAACGCGGCCACCUGCAGGGACCUCAUCAAUGGCUAUGAGUGCGUGUGCCUGCCAGAGUACAAAGGAAUCCACUGUGAAUCCUACAAGGACCCCUGCGCCAACGUCAGCUGUCUGAACGGAGGCAGCUGCGACAGCGAAGGCCUCAACAGCACGUGUGUCUGCGCCCCGGGCUUCACAGGUGAAGAGUGCGACAUCGACAUAAACGAGUGUGACAGCGGCCCCUGCCACCACGCCGGCACCUGCCUGGACCAGCCCAAUGGAUACACCUGCCACUGCCCACACGGCUGGGUGGGCGCCAACUGCGAGAUCCACUGGCUUUCGGCUCACCUGUCCUUGCUGGAGAUGGCUGAGAAGAGCUUCGUCACUGAUGGAGACAGGAAAGGGUCCAGUGGCCUGAACGCUAAGGGCUGCGAUUUGGUGUGGGAGGUUCACACCGAAGUCGGCGUGGGCAUGAGGGCCAGGUGGUGGCAGGGGCCGCAGACUCACCACUCCCUCUACGUCAUCAUCGGGGCCCUCUGCGUCGCCUUCCUCCUCAUGCUGAUCAUCCUCAUUGUGGGCAUCUGCCGCAUCAGUCGCAUCGAGUACCAGGGCUCGUCCAGGCCCGCCUACGAGGAGCUCUACAACUGCCGCAGCAUCGACCGCGAGUUCAGCGACGCCAUCGCGUCCAUCCGGCACGCCAGGUUUGGAAAGAAAUCCCGGCCUGCGAUGUACGACGUGACCCCCAUUGCCUACGAGGAUUACAGCCCGGACGACAAGCCUUUGGUCACACUGAUUAAAACAAAAGAUUUGUAAUCUUUUUGGGGAUUAUUUUUCAAAACGAUGGGGGUCCUACACUCAUUUCAAUAUUUUUAAGAAAAUAAAAGAGCUUAAGAAAUUUAAAACGUUAGCUGCUCAAGAGUUUUCGGUAGAAUAUUGAAGAACUAAUUUUCUGCAGCCUUUAGUUUGAGAAAAAUAUUUUAAACACGGAAUUUGUGAAACCCAUAGACGACGUUUUCAUGUCCUCCCACUCUCUAAACUGUCCGCUUCAGCUAGUGUGAGGUCUCUCCGCGGUAGGCGCGAGAGCAGGUUCCCGUCGGGGGUCGUGACGUGAGUCUCACCGAGGCGAAGCUGCCCCGUGACGCUGAGUGCCGGCUUGCGAGUAGAGGUAGGAGACGCUUGUAGACUGCGAUGCCUAACCAGUAUACCCGUGACUUCAGAGGAGGUCUGACAUGUCUGUUUUGUGAAAAAGAAGCUAGUUUAAUUUAUUAUUCCUAACCCGAAUGAAAUUAGCCUUUGCCUUUUCCUGUGCAUGGGUGAGUAACUUAUUUCUGCACCGUUUGGUGGAGCCUCGUGGCAACAUUCUUUGAAGUUUGUUUCUGUCAUUUUCGUGGCGGUCAUCAAAGCAGGCCUCACACACAUACAUCAUGAAAGGGCCUCGUGACACAAACGGUGAUCGAAUUGAAUCUAUAUUUUCUUUAAGAAGUCCGGGGUUUUAUAUUGUGAGUAAAUUAACUUUAUGUCGGAGUUGUUUGUUGUUAAGAAUUAGUAAUGUACCAGCGUUCUGGUUCCUUCAGUACUGAGUAUUCUCCUAGUGCAUCUUUAUUUAUAUCCAGGACACUUUCGUGGCUGUAUUUGAUUGAUAUGUGCUUCUUCCGAUUCUUGCUAAUUUCAAAGAAUAUUGAAUAAAUGUUACCAAG